GCAGACCAGAGAAUCAGAAGUUCAGAAAAUGCAUGUUGUACUUUGUAUACUGCUGAUGCUUCAACUUGGAUGUAGGUUGUACAGAUGAGGGAUUUGAAAUAAAGACAGUAAACGCUGGAGAAGAUGUGACCCUGUCCUAUUACAACAAUCAUAAAGACUUUAGAACAUUUUUCUGGGUCAAAGUUGUUCCUGGAAAAAUGCCUGAAAUCUUAGGAAAGGGACACAAGUAUGAUGCUGGAGAGAAGAAGAUCGGUCAUUCUUCAACCAAACAAGAAGAAGGAAAAUUUAUUUUUCAAAUUGCAAAAGCAAAACCGAGUGACUUAGCCUUCUAUUACUGUUUAACCCUUGUAGACUACGACAUAAUCUUUAGGAAGGCAGUGCUUCUUGACGUUAAAAGACCGCGCUCUAAUUUUCCUGCAGUGGUUCAAAGUUCUGUUGAUCCGGUUUCUGCAGGAGACGUUGUGGCUCUGCAGUGUUCAGUUCUCUCUGAGUUUAAAAAUGAUGCAUGUCCAGAGGAACAGAGAGUGUUCUGGUUCAGAAAGACUGAAGGGGAAUCUCAUCCCACUUAUAUUUACGCCAGAAGAAGCAGUGAUGGUGACUGUGACGGGGGUACAGAGACUCAGCCUCUGCAGAGUUGUGUCUACAGCUUCUUGAAGAACGUCAGCUCCUCUGAUGCUGGACUUUACUACUGUGCUGUGGCUGCAUGUGGAAAAGUGGUUUUUGGAAAUGGAACAAAACUGGAUGUUCAAGGUGACGGCACUUAUAACAACAUAUUUUUCUUUCUGUUUUUUGGAACCUUGGUUUUGAGUCUCAUGAUGGUAACAUUUCUGAUUUUUGUCGUAUCAAAAAUAUCCUCUGCUGUCUGCAAAGCGCGUUUGGUCUGUAAAACAAAGCCGGAAACAAUCAUUGAUGAUUGGCAAUACCCGGAGAGAAAACAACAGGAUGCCAUUUUCACCACAGCAGUCUUUACUAAGAAGAAAACUGACAAGACAAAGUGAAGAUAAGCAGCAAAGGAUGAGACCGUCUACAGUGAUGUGAGGGUAUACACAACUCGGAACAUGAAUGGAUGGUGACCAUGAUGUAUAUAAAGUAUUAUAAGAGAACUGAGUGGAAAAAUUUAGAAACUUUUUUGAAAAGGCUUUGCAUUUUUA